UUGCAAUACUUCAAAAAAUAUCAAAAGAAAUAAUAUUUAAUUAUACAAAAUACAAUCCGACAUAUUCGUAUAAAAUGGCAAAUUUUCUGUGCUUUGUAAUCCUUGCUGUGGCUUUGUGUGCAAGUGUGGCGGUUGCGCGACCAGGAUAUGCUGUGGAUUAUUAUGAUCAUCCGAAAUACGCAUUUAAUUAUGGAGUAGCGGAUCACACAACUGGUGAUGUAAAAUCGCAGCAUGAAACGCGUGACGGUGAUGUUGUGAAGGGACAAUAUUCGCUGGUCGAACCCGAUGGCUCUAUACGCACUGUGGACUAUACAGCUGAUCCUAUUCACGGUUUCAAUGCGGUCGUGACCAAAUCGGGGCCCACAGUGCACGCUCAAGCUCUGGUGGCUAAGCCGAUUGUGGCCCACAAGCCCGUUGUAACGCACUAUGAACCACAAUUGUUAAAUCAUGUGGCCCCCGUUGCUGCACCCGUGGUUGUGGCAUCUCCUGCGCCCUAUGUGUCGAAGCAAUAUGUGGCACCUGCCGCGCCUAUCCACUACGAUUACGAUGAUUACUACAAUCAGGGUCAGUACGAGUACGUGCCGCAGUACGAUGCUGGGCAAUAUGGACACUAUGGAAGUCCCUAUGCGGGUCACUAUUAAUUGUACCAUAUAAUUAUUAUAAUCACCAAAUUUAGCGAUACACAAGCACACUCACACACACGAAAAUGUUGCUGGUAGUCUGUAAGCGCUUUUAGUUUGUACAUUUUCAAAACAACGAAAUGCAUUGGCAAGAAAAUACUGUAGUUUAGGGAAAGCCCCAUCAAGGAGCAACCCUUUUGCAGUAGUUGCAGAAACUCGAACUCGCUCUGAAAUCUACAGCUCUAGUAUGUCUUGCUGUCCACUAUCCACUUGUGGAAAAUUAUAUGGAAUAUACACAUGUCAUGUAUUUAAUUUAUGAAACUAACGAAUGCAAUAAAGUUGAUCAACAUUUGUA